AUGGAGUUACAACAAAGAUUACAUAGUGUAACUUUGGACUCUUCCGAAAAGGAUGUAUUGCAAUGGAAUUGGUCUACAGACAAGAAUUUCUCAGCGAAAUCAGUUUAUGGCCAAUGGGAGCAACAGGUGCAGGCCCGAGAUGAGAUGGGUCCAUUGUCAAAGUGCCCAUGUUGUGCUUCCUUCGAGGAAACCCCUGAACACCUAUUUUUGCAUUGUCAGUUUUCCUGGAAUACUUGGUCACUUAUAAUGGUGUGGUGGCAGAUGUUUUGGGUUUGUCCACCGUCUUUGGCGGACUUAGCUAGUUGGUGGUUUGGCACAAGAUUUAGAAAUUUGGAAAGGCGCAUUUGGGAGGUGACUUUCUUUGCGACCUUAUGGUCAUUGUGGCUUGCAAGGAAUGACCUCAUUUUCAACAAUACCUCAAGAUCAACCAGUGAAGUAGGGGACCAGAUUAAGACUAAGGUGGCAAUGUGGAUGAAAGCUAAGUUCGAUAUCAAGGUGUACUCGGUAGAGGAUUUUAAAUGUUUUCUUCAUGGUAUUCGUAAGCUAAAGCUCUAA